AUGUUGCUUGCACUGUCUUCAAUGGCGCCUGCAAGAGCUGGAUUACUAGAGGAGUCUGAAGAAGCCGCACAACCUUCCACUGCUUUGGCACGAGCUUCAGCUUCCACUUCUGACGCUGCAAAAAGGCCUGCAAGAGCUUCCCCUUCUGUUGCUGCUGUUGCCGCCAAACCGCCACCACCACCACCACCACCUUCCACUUCUGCUGCAGCAAAAAAGCCCCCACAAUCUCCAUCCACUGAAUCCAAAGAGCCAACAUUGGACUAUGGGGAGCCAUCUACAGCUGUUGCCGCCAAACCGCCACCACCACCACCACCACCUUCCACUUCUGCUGCAGCGAAAAGGCCCCCACAAUCUCCAUCCACUGAAUCCAAAGAGUCAACUUAUGACUAUUGGAAGCCGUCUUCACCAAAGAGAACAAGAAGACCAGACAGUCAGGAGGGUCAGCGAAGUUGGGCAACACAGCUGAGAAUGAAGAAGGAGCUGCAAGCUAUCCUUGCAGUUGACGAGUCUGAAGAGGUUAGAGAAAAGUUUGAUGAAGUUCUCGGUAAUUUUGACAAGAAAUUGUUGCAACCCAAAGGACGUCGAGAAUCAGCUAGGCAGUUCCAGAAUCGAACUGAAAAGGCUAGAAGCGAGUACAAUCAGGCAUUGAAGGAUCAAUAUGGCCCAGUAGACCACAAUGUUUCAGAAUUCUUAACAAAACAUAACAUUCAAGCGCCAAACCCACAAAAGUGCGAUACUACCGAAAUUUGGAAGAUCAGAUAUGAGCCACCCAAUACAGACAAAACCGAGCCCACAUUCAGGCUUAUGCUAGGAUCUCGAACAAAGAGCAGGAUUUUUGUUUCAAAUGUGACAGUUGCCUAUGUCAAACAUUAUCUUGGUAAAGGAUUUGUUGAAAAAUGCAUUGCUUAUGGAGAAAGGUGUUCUUCUAGGGGUAUUAAUCAACCCUCAUUCUUUGUUCCACUGGGAGAUAGCAACUUGGAUGUUGCCCCGAACCACUGUCUUCUCAAAUUACAAAAAAAUGGGGACCAGAUGAAAAUGCUUCCCUAUGUUAAAGGCAAUAACAAUUGUUGCCUUGGUUUUUCUCUGGCAAAUGCUCUGCACUACUUGAACUUCCACAAGGAGUCAUGGAAACUAUAUCAACAAUCACACGACUUGAGUGAACUGGAUGCAACCGCUCAAUUCAAAUGGCUCUUAGCUUGGGUGCAGGUCUCUGUUGAAGGAGUGGCCCCAUUAUCCUUGAAGGAGUCCAAGGAACACUUUGAUGGGAUGGUGGGAGUCACCAAAUGCUUGAAGUCUUUGGCACAACAAGAGCUUGUUGUGUUCGUUCCUAAAGUGAAGGAUGGGACGAAUACUCAUGCAGUAGCAUGCACUCAUGGCUUGAUAUUUGACUCCACACAGAAGUACCCAAUGAAACUGUGUCGUGAUAGUUUAAGCUUCAUUGCCGGUUCUGCUGGUUUUGGUGGCAUUUGGCGUUCCCGUCUUUUCACAUUCAGCAAGGCACUGAAAGGACAGGGAAAACGAUACCAUGUCUUGUUGUCCAUUUGUUGCUCCAAGGAAUGUCUCUCUGAUUCAUACAAUUACGGUCAAUGUCUUUAA